ACAACAUGACAUCUCGAUUUAGUGGAGCAUUACAAAUUACAAAUUUAGAUGAUUUCAUUACUCCAUCCCAGGAAUGUAUAAAACCUAUAGAAAUUCAAGCAUCAAAGAGUAAAACUGGUGCAAAAAUAAAAAUUGAGGAAGAUGGAAUACCUAUGGUAUUAAGUGAGGCUGGAGAAACUGAAAAAUUACAAAAAGUUGAAAUCACACUUGCUGAUUGUUUAGCUUGUAGUGGUUGUAUUACAUCUGCAGAAACUGUAUUAGUCACACAGCAAAGUCAAGAAGAAUUAAUGCGGGUAUUUAAAGAAAAAGUGUCUCAGUGUCAGAGUGGAGAUGGUAUAUGUUCAAUGUUUAUUGUAGUCAGUCUUUCUGUGCAAGCAGUGUUAUCUAUAGCAGAACGUUAUAAUCUUAAUCCUGAACAAGCAUUAAAUAAACUUGCUGGAUAUUUUUACCAGUUGGGAGCAGACACAGUUUUAGACAUGACUGUAGCUGAUGAUUUUGCUCUUUUAGAGUCUGCUAAGGAAUUUAUAGAACGUUACAAAGCAGCUAAAGGGGGUGCAAAAAAUCAAUUACCCAUGUUGUCUUCUUCUUGUCCAGGUUGGGUCUGUUAUGCUGAAAAAACACAUGGCAAUUUCAUACUUCCACAUGUAAGUGUUAUAAAAUCUCCUCAACAAAUUAUGGGAUCAUUAGUGAAGUAUCACUUAGCUGAAACUAUGGGCCUUUCACCAGAACAAGUCUAUCAUAUAACUCUUAUGCCUUGUUAUGAUAAAAAAUUAGAAGCAUCUAGGGAAGAUUUUUACAACCAUGAAAAAAAUUCUAAAGAUGUAGAUUGUGUGAUAACUCCAAUUGAAUUAGAACAAAUGCUUAAUGAAUACAAUGUGGCAAUAAAUGACAUAAGUGAAAAAGAAGUUCAAAAACCUUUUGAAUUGCAAAUUGAAAAUUUAAAAAACAAUUUGUAUGGUCAUAGUGGUUCAGGAUCUGGAGGUUAUGCUGAAUUUAUUUUUCGUUAUGCUGCAAAACAUUUAUUUGAUGAAACAGAUGUAGUAGUUGAAUUUAAAAAUCUCAGAAAUCCUGAUUUUCAAGAAGCACUUUUCCAAAAAAAUGGACAAACACUUUUAGCAUUUGCAAUUGUUAAUGGGUUUAGAAAUAUACAAAAUAUUGUACAAAAAUUGAAAAGAGGAAAAUGUUUGUAUGAUUACGUUCAAAUUAUGGCAUGUCCCUCUGGAUGUCUUAAUGGAGGAGCACAAAUUAGACCAUUAAAUAAUAUUCAACCACGUGAAUUAGCAUUAAAAUUAGAUUCUAUGUAUCGAGAACUUCCUCAGAGUAACCCUGAACAAAAUCCAAUUGUCCAGAAUUUGUAUAGAAGUUGGUUAGGAGGAGAAUAUACAGAUAAAGCUUUAGCAUUUUUCCACACACAGUACCAUGAAAUUAAAAAAGUGAACACAGCUCUUGCUAUAAAGUGGUAA